AUGGAAGAGAACAACGAUACAGUCUCGUAUACUGUGAAAGUAACCGUUACCGUCACCAUCACCGACGAAGACGAACUCCUUCCUGAUCGAGAAACACAAGCUACUUUGAAAGACAAUGGCGAUGUUGGAGGAAAUGAGCCGGUGGAGAAAGACGGAGAAUCGAGUAAACUCGACGACGGUGGAGAAAAGGAAACAGUGGAGAAAGACGGAGAAACGAGGAAGCUCAAUGACGUGGCACGUGGAGUAACUUUUACUCCGGCGUUGUUAAACAAAGAGAAGAACAGACGUGGUAGAAAAAGAAAGUUCGAUAGUGAUGUUUCGAGGAAUACUCGAAACAAGAAAGUUAUAUGCAAUGAAGGAGACUCCUCAAUGUGCCAUCAAUGCCAGAGAAAUGAUAAGGGCAGAGUUGUCAGAUGCACUAAAUGCAAACGGAAAAGAUUUUGCAUUCCCUGUAUAACUAAUUGGUAUCCUAAGUUGACAGAGACUGAUGUUGCUAAAGCGUGUCCUGUGUGCUGUGAUAACUGCAAUUGCAAAGCGUGCUUGCGAUCAUUUAAACUUAUCAAUGAAAUGAAGCAAAGGGUUGAAACAAACAUAACCAAGGAAGAAGAGGUUGAGUUCUCUGAGUAUAUGCUUAAAAGACUUCUUCCGUAUUUAAGACAGUUGGAUGAAGAACAGAUUAUUGAGAAGGAAAGGGAAGCGAAGAGACAAGGGAUCCCAUUCUCAAAGCUUGAAGUAAAAGAGGGAGAUUUUUAUAAAGAUGAGCGUGUGUACUGUGACAACUGCAAAACGUCAAUAUUUGACUACCAUAGAAGCUGUACAAAAUGCCCGUUUGACAUUUGUCUCCUUUGUUGCCGGGAGCUUCGUGAUGGGAAGCUUCUCGGUGGUGCAGAUCCAAUUGAGUUCGAUUUUAUCUUCAGAGGGUGUAAUUAUCUGCAUGGUGGAAAUGAAGAGAGAAUUGUCAGACAAAACAAACCUUAUGAUGCUGCCGAGCCUGAGAUUCGUGAGUGGUCAAGAUCUAGAUGGCAUGCGAAUGGUGAUGGUAGCAUUCCCUGUCCAAAAGCCAAUAAUGAAUGUGAUCAUGGUUUCCUUGAACUGAGAAGGAUACUUCCUCUAAAUUGCAUCUCUGCGUUAGUACGUAAAGCUGAAGUACUUGCAGAAAAAUUUGAGCUCCACGUUGUUCACGUUGCAGAGGAGACUCUUGAUGAUAGGUGUUCGUGUUGGAAGUCUGUUAGGAGCGCAGAUGGUAUCUACAGUAACCUAAGGAAAGCAGCUUUUCGUAGAGAUUCCAGUGACAACUUUUUGUACUGUCCUAGGGCUGUAGGUCUACAUCAGGAAGAUUUAAGGCAUUUUCAAUGGCACUGGAGCAAAGGGGAGCCUGUAAUUGUGAGCAAUGUACUUGAAUGUACAUCUGGCUUAAGCUGGGAGCCGCUAGUCAUGUGGCGUGCAUUUCGUCAAAUAACCAAUUCCAAGUUCGAUGUGCUUUUAGAUGUGAAGACAAUUAAUUGCUUAGAUUGGUGUGAGGGAGAUAUUAAUAUCCACCAGUUCUUUACUGGCUACACAAAUGGUCGCAAGGAUUGGCUUAAUUGGCCUGAGAUGUUGAAAUUGAAAGAUUGGCCUCCUUUUGAUUUAUUUCAAGAACUUUUACCUCGUCAUCAUGCCGAGUUCAUAUCUUCCUUGCCUUUUAAAGAAUAUACAGAUCCUUUUAGAGGGGCUCUCAACCUUUAUGUGAAAUUGCCAGAUCAUUGUGUAAAGCCAGACAUGGGGCCAAGAACAUAUGUUGCUUAUGGAUGUGCUCAGGAGCUUGGACGUGGUGAUUCUGUGACUAAGCUCCACUGUGAUGUGUCUGAUGCUAUAAAUGUGUUGACUCAUAUUGCUAAAGUGGAGCUGAAACCUGAGGAAACUACAGCCAUUGAAAAAUUGAAACGUGAGCACCUCGAGCAAGAUAAGAGGGAGCUACAUGAUGAUGAGAAAGUAACACUGAAACAAAAAAACAGUUCGUUGGUUGGAGAGGAUUCUUUAGAUGGCGCUCUCUGGGACAUUUUCCGGAGAGAAGAUGUACCCAAAUUGCAGGAAUAUCUAAAGAAGCAUUUCAGAGAGUUCAGACAUGUCCACUGCAAUCCUUUAAAGCAGGUUAUUCACCCUAUUCAUGAUCAGACCAUGUAUCUGACUACGGAGCAUAAGAUGAAACUUAAGGAGGAGUAUGGAAUUGAGCCUUGGACUUUUGUUCAGAAGCUAGGAGAUGCUGUUCUUAUUCCUGCUGGUUUACCUCACCAAGUUAGAAAUCUGAAGUCAUGCUUCAAGGUUGCACAUGAUUUUGUCUCUCCUGAACAUGUUGGCGAGUGCAUCCGUUUGACAGAGGAAUUUCGCAAGCUUCCGAUAAAUCACAAAGCCUCCGAGGACAAGUUCGAGGUUAAGAAAAUUAUCAUCCAUGCUAUGCGUGAUGUGGUUGAAAAAUUAGAGAAUGCAAGGUAUAGGUAA